GUAUCUCGUUAGGUCAGUACGCGAUGACAAGCUGGAAGUAAGCUGCAACAUGAGUAAAAUACUUGUUCUAAUUUUGAGUGCGGUUUUGUUGUUGCCGCGCGAAAGUUUAAGCGGAUUUUUCAAGGUAUAUCCGCCCUUAAAAUUAUUUCCUCUUGAUGUCAGAGACGAUCCUGGUGUUCCAUUGUUUUUGACACCUCUAAUAGAAAAUGGAAAAAUCGAAGACGCACGAGCAAAGGCUCUCGUCCAGCACAAAGACAUGGGUGAUGUUAGCAGUUAUGCCGGUUACUUCACAGUUAAUAAAAAAUAUAAUUCCAAUCUCUUCUUCUGGUUCUUCCCAGCAAUGCAUAAUCCUAAAACAGCUCCGGUAGUACUCUGGCUACAAGGUGGUCCGGGAUCAACUUCGCUAUUUGGUCUCUUUAUGGAAAAUGGUCCAUUUGUUGUAACUGCUAACAAAACACUGACGAAUCGCAAAUAUUCAUGGAAUUUAGGACACAAUGUAAUUUAUAUUGAUAAUCCAGUUGGUACUGGAUACAGUUUUACCGAUAAUGAAAAAGGAUAUGCCACAAGUGAGACGGAUGUGGGAAGAGAUGUUCUUCAUGGUUUAGUACAAUUCUUUCAAUUAUUCCCAGAGUUGGAAAAUAAUGAUUUCUUUGUUACUGGUGAGUCAUAUGGCGGGAAGUAUGUGCCAGCGAUAUCUCAUGCCAUUAAAGAAUAUAACGUUAAAGCAGAGAGGAAAAUUAACAUGAAAGGUUUAGCCAUUGGUAACGGACUAUGCGAUCCAGAAAAUCAAUUGUUUUACGGCGAUUAUUUAUAUCAACUUGGAUUAAUAGAUUUAAAUGGAAAAAAUCUAUUUCAUAAGUAUGAGCAAAAAGGCCGUGAUUUAAUUAAACAAAAAAAGUACAUCGAGGCAUUUGAAGUGUUCGAUUUACUAAUUGAUGGUGAUUUAACUAGCACUUCGUCUCUAUUCAAGAAUUUAACUGGUUUAAAUGAAUACUACAAUUACGUGAAUGCACAAGGCGAUGAUGGCGAUGAUAGCGAUUUGAUGUCUGAGUAUGUUCAAAGAGCUGAUGUCAGACGUGCUAUACAUGUAGGAAACAAUAGUUUUCACGUCGGUAGCAGUGAUGUUGAAAAACAUCUAAAAGCAGACAUCAUGAAAUCCAUAGUUGAUCUCUUGGUAGAUCUUCUGAAACAUUACAGGGUACUUCUAUACAAUGGACAAUUAGAUAUCAUUGUAGCAUAUCCGCUCACGGAGAAUUUCUUACAAAAAAUGCAGUGGUCCGGAGCGCAAAAAUAUGCAAAAGCACCGAGAAAGUUGUGGAUGGUUGAAAAGGAAUUAGCAGGAUACUCAAAAACUGUUGAUAAUUUAACGGAAGUUCUUGUGCGAAAUGCAGGUCAUUUGGUUCCUUUGGAUCAGCCGAAAUGGGCGUUAGAUCUUAUUACACGAUUCACACACAAUAAAAAGUUUUAAAGUAAUUGAAAAUUGCUCUACCAAAUGUGACGUAAAUUUAGAAAUCUUUUUACAAUAUUUACUAUUGUAAAGAAAACUAAUAUGUAAUAUGUGCCAAUUAUACUUAAACUCAAAUAAAUAACGAAGCAAAUUCAUAAUAUAA